CCUAUAUUGCUGUAAUAACAUCUUGGGCUUUCAUCUCGCGGAGUAGGGCGAGAUGGCGGCCAGCCCCUGCAGCCGCCCUAGCUCGUCGGCGGCGCCGCCGCUGGACGUCGACGACCUCCUCUCCGAGAUCCUCAUCCGCCUCGCCCCGCAGCCGUCCUCCCUCCCCCGCGCCUCCCUCGUCUGCAGCCGCUGGCGCCGCCUCCUCUCCGACCGCGGAUUCCGCCGCCGCUUCCGCCUCCACCACCGCCGCAGCCCACCCCUCCUCGGCUGCUUCGUCACAACCUUCGACGACCUAUACUUCGAGCCCACCAUGGAUCCCCCCGACCGUGUCCCGCGCGACCGCUUCUCCCUGGAGUCCCUGCGCGGCGGCACCUUCCUCCUCCUCGAAUGCCGCCACGGCCUUGCGCUCAUCUUGUACCGAAACCAGCUCCAGGUCCUAGUGCUGGACCCCAUCAACGGCUCCCAGCACCGCAUCGCCUUUCCCCCCGGGUUCGACACCGUGAAGGCCCGGAUCCACAUCCAUGGGGCGGUUCUUCGCGCGGCCGCAGACGCCCAACACUUCCAAGUGGUCUUGGUAGGUGUGGAGGAGAACGACCUUCAGCCUCAACUUGCCCGAGUGUUUGCCUGCGUUUACUCGUCAGAGACCGGCGGCGGCGGCGGCUGGGGUGAUCUCAUCUCAAUACCGCUUCCACCCGUGCCGCUGCAAGGAGUCCCCGCCAUGAUUUACAUGGCCAUCCCCAGUGUGCUGGUUGGGGAUUCCCUCUACUGGCUGCUUCCUGGGAAUUUCUUUCAGAUUAUUGAGUUUGAUCUGGGGAAGCAGAGCCUAGCUGUGACAGGGGUGCCGGUGGAUAUGUAUGGCGGGACAAGUUACCAGUGCUCUCUCAUGCGGGCAGACGAUGGCGGCCUUGGAUUCAUCUUUCUGUCAGACUGGAGCGCACAAUUGUGGAAGAGGAAGACCGGUUGUGAUGGCGCUGCGUCAUGGGAACUACUACGAAGAACUAUUGAACUGGACAAGCUCCUUUCCCUGAAUCUACGUAGAGAGAAGGUGUCCGGGAUUGUAGGAUUUGCUGAAGAAAAUAAUGUGCUGUUCCUGUCGACGGCUCUUGGUGUCUUCAUGAUCCAGCUCGAUUCAUUGCAGUUCAAGAAGAUUUCGGAAACCAACAGCUUCUGUGUCUAUCAUCCAUUUGAAAGUGUCUAUACGGCAGAUAUGGAAAUUGGUGGUGAUCAUAAUGGAGCUGAACUUCUGCACAGUACCUAAGAUGAUUGGUUGGAUAAAUAUGCUAUCAUGAUGUACUGGAUUGAGUAGCAGGUAUGAGGAGAUGCAGAAGCGGCUUCUUGGUGUAUGCUUCUUGAUGUGUAGGCUCUUUCCUGUGCGCGCGGAGAUUGACCAUCUAUGUUACAUGUGCCGGUGAACUGUGGUGUGGAAUUAAAUGCUUCUGUUUAUUGUCUGGAACUUUUAUCUGGUCCAGCCUUGCAUGAUGCCUCUUUCCUUCUUA